AUGCCACGCCGGGGCGGGCGCUUUGCGGGCAUCGCUCUGACCCAGUCCUACCGCCUCCCUGCCCGUCUGCGCGUGAGGAACGCGGAGCUGAGCGCGCAAGCGAUUGCCCAGGCUUCCUUUCCACAAAAGAUGGCACAAGACAAUAAAAGAGUAAGAGUUCACAAGAAGCCACCAGUUCCUCCACUGCCCAUUAAAUUGCCACCAGUUAACCUGCUUCACCGAGACAUCCUGAGGGCUUGGUGCCAGCAAUUAAAACUGAGCACCAAAGGCAUGAAAUUGGAAGUAUAUAAGAGGCUGUGCGAACAUGCUUACCCUAAUCAAAAGGAUUUUCCUGACACAGCAAAGGAGGCCAAAAUGUUGACAGUAUCACAAAGGAAAUUGAAGAUGCGAAAGGAGAAAAAGACUCUGAAACGUUUGGGUCUUCCUGAAGUGACUGCACCCCUUGAGGAGGGGAUGCCUGGUCUUGAAGGGGGUGCUACUGCUCUCCUUGAGGGAAUGGACAAUAUUUUCGUGACAACUUCCACCCCAGAUGCUGUGUUUGCCUCCUGGAGCAGAAUUGCAGCCACAACUGGGAAGGUGGAGACCAUGGCCUUGCCACAGGAGGCCUCUGGUGUCAUGUGGUGUGUGGUCCAUGGACAAAGUCUCCCUGCAGACACAGAGGGUUGGGUUCAACUACAGUUUUAUGCUGGGCAACCCUGGGUUCCUGAGAAACAAGGGAAAGUGUGUGCACUCUUCUUGCCACCUUCUUGCAACUUUCCACCCCUACACCUGGAGGACAAUAUGUUGUGCCCCAAAUGCAUUCAUAGGAAUAAAGUAUUAAUGAGAAGCCUCCAGUGA